CUCACAGGAGGUAUUGUGUGUUUUUGUUUUUACUGUUGUUGUGUUCUGUACCAGUGCAGUGUACCCUUGUGAAAAGUAAAGGUUCAGAAUAUAUUUUAUUAGAUUAGAACGUUCAAAAGUAAGAAGAACAAUGAGCGAUGGAAGAAAACGGCUGAGUGGAGCUGAGUACAAAAGGUUGGCGGAUUUGAAAGCUAAAAGAGAACAAAAGGUCAUAGAGCAGACUCACAAAAUUUCAUCGUUUUUUAAAAAGCCUAAUCCAAAUUGUACUUUAAGUACUACCACUUCUACUAGCACAUCCAACGUAGAAGAUGAAUCCCCAACGAAUCGCCUACGUGAAAUAGAAAUCGAAUCCGAAUCUGAAGACACCAAGCGGACUACAGAAGAUAGGCCUUCUUGUGAAGAAGUCACCGUAACAAAUCCUAAUCUGAAUGAAUUUAAUGAAACCGACAUUGCCAAUCCAACAUUAAAAAGUUUUAACACUAUUGAAGAUCCUGCUUUGUGGAAGAUCGAUGAUUCAACACGAGACUAUGUUUGUAAGCAUGGCUUUGAACAAGACUUGAAUAAACUUAAUUUCGAGGCUUCAAAACGGCUUAUUGGGGAACAAUUUCGUUUUCUUUCCCCUGGCUUUUUCAAAACUCAAUUGGUCAAUGGAAAAGAAAUAAGAUCUUAUUUGAUGCACUCUGAAAGUACGGGAAAGCUUUUUUGUGUUCCCUGUCAACUUUUUGGGGGAACCACAAAAAUAGCAACUCAAGGAUUUGACGACUGGAAGCAUGGAGAUAGUCUAAAAAACAUGAUCACUCAGCAGAGCAUAAAUCUUGUAUGCUGGCAAUGAAGAAUAGAGCGAAUGAUUUUGACAUAUACGAAAACUCAGCUCUGGUUAAUUCUGUAGUG